AUGGCGAAGCUUUUAAAAUUUGAUUACAUGCCCCUACUGAUAGGUGACAUAUCAGGAGUGUGGAGGUUUCAGCCAUGGACCCCCACCACAGCCACGCACCCCCUCCCCAGCCACGCACCCCCUCCCCAGCCAAGGACUCCCUCCCCAGCCAAGGACUCCCUCCACAGCCACGCACCCUUCCCUAGCCAAGGACUCCCUCCCCAGCCACGCACCCCCUCCCUAGCCAAGGACUCCCCACCCAGCCACUCCCCCCCCUCCCCAGCCAAGGACUCCCUCCCCAGCCAAGGACUCCCUCCACAGCCACGCACCCCCUCCCCAGCCAAGGACUCCCUCCCCAGCCAAGGGCCACACACCCCCUCCCCAGCCAAGGACUCCCUCCACAGCCACGCACCCCCUCCCCAGCCAAGGACUCCCUCCCCAGCCAUGGAUCCCCUCCACAGCCACGCUCCUCCUCCCCAGCCAAGGACUCCCGGCCCAGCCACACACCCCCUCCCCAGCCAAGGACUCCCUCCCCAGUCAAGGGUCUCUUCCACAGCCACGCACCCCCUCCCCAGCCAAGGGCUCCCUCCCCAGCCACAGACUCCAUCCCCAGCCAUGGACCCCCCUCCACAGCCACGCACCCCCUCCCCAGCCAAGGACUCCCUCCCUAGCCAUGGACCCCCUCCACAGUUUUAA